ACGUUCGUUGUCUUGGUGCUGCGGCUCCAUCUGAAAACAAUAAAAUCCAAAACCAUUUUUCGUACAAAUUUAGCCGAUAUGAACUGAUUUUAGAGCCUGGAUUGGACCGCGUGCAGCAAAUCAGAGACCCUCUAAACUGGGGCUGGUCCUCCUGGGACUAGGCAGGACAAAUUAGGUCCAUCUCACUUUACAUCAGAAUAAACGAUCAAGGAAGCUACUAAAUGUGAACUAUGAAGAUCGAAACCAGGACCUAGUUAUGCACAAAACCAGAGUAUGGUUUGAGGCAGUCUAUUAAAAUGUGUACAAUUAUAGUGCACUGUCUUUCAUCAAAAUAGAGGUUUUUUUUUAGCUUUUAAAUAAUGGAAAGUUUAGAGUUUUCUGAGGAGGAAAUCCAGCAGCAACUGGAACUUCUGGGCUACAAAAAUAUCUCCAAAGAGAAGCUACAAGAGUUCAAGAGAGAUUUGGAUAACCUAAUAAGGAGUGGAGAAUGGACAACUCUUGUGUCUCCUGAAAACUCACAGAUAGAUGUGAACACAAGCCCUCCUGCUUUCACUAAAGAAAAAGUGAGUCGAUUUUCACUGAACAAACCCAGGGAAGGGUUUUUCUUGCAUCCACAAAACGGAGAUCAUGAUGUACGGGUGCUGUCUCCUCAGAACAGAGCCGUGGCUCCCCCUUAUGGCUGUUUGGACUCAUACGCUCGACACUCUGUUGCCCCUAAACCCCCUGUUCAUGUGGGACAUCCCAACAGGUUGCAGACAGAGACGGACCUAGAGGACACAUUGCAAACUGACAGUUAUAUGUCCACUCCGGGCAGUGGUCAGGGCAGGAGGUUCGUCAAGAGGAAAGUGCUAAGGAAACAUAAAGGGCAGUCUCUGGUCUGUGAUGAAUCUGUUUACAGUGAAGACUCAGGAGCUAGUUGUCUGGAGGAGCAUUUGGCUGAUUUUCACGUGUCAACUUCAGUUCAGCACGAGUCUGAAAACGAGGAGUCGACGAGCCACAGCGAGUCCCCAAGCUCAGAGUCCCUGUCGGAUGGAGCCUUCGAGUCCUACGUCAGGGGCAUGACUCGAAGCCACAGCGACAGUGACAUCAGGCCUAAACCCAAAUCAUUUAUACGCCCAACACUGGGUCCAACUGGCCCUAAGAAAACAGACCCAGUUGCAAAGUAUUUCCAGUACAAACAGCUGUGGGACAUGUUCAAAAUGCCCGGUGAAAAUGACAGAAAGGCUCUACGAUGGGAAAUCAGGGAGCGUCUCGCCUACCAACCUCCUCCCCCAAAGCCUCGUAAAAUCCAGGUGCCAAAUACCUACACAGUGCCGACAGAGAAGAAACGCUCUGCUCUCCGAUGGGAAAUACGCAAUGACCUGGCAACCGGAAACCUGCCCCAUUCGUACAACUACAGAUUUUAGCCAACAAGAAAUCACCACAACCAUUUUAUGAACUUUUUUUUUUAUUAUUUUGAGAAAUUUUACAUAAUUUAUUACAGUUUUAGUAAACAUAAUAAAGUUAUCUGUUUCAUAUGUCAGAGUACGGUAGAUUGAAUGGAUAUAGGGGGGAAAACCGGACAUCAUGCCAAAGUAACUUCUCUUCCAAAAAUCGAACUGUUUCCAAUGUCAAAAUAAGAGAUUCGUGUUUCAGCAUACUGUGGACAUUCAGACCUAGAAAAAAGUUAACAAAACAGUUAUACAUGUACAAGACAAUGGUAAGAUCAUUAAAUAAUCCUUAACAAUUAAUAACAAAUUUUAAAGGAGGGCUGUACAAUUAAUCUAAUUUUAAUUUAAAAUUUUGUCAUUUGAAAACAUCAAUGAUCAUCUUGGGUCAUAAUAAUCAAACUCUACUGGCAAUCCUAUCAGUAAAAGCAUGUGAUUUGGAGCAGAGUUCACACUUUGGAGGAAGAAAUUGGGCUAUUUUUCUGAAAAAUGGUACAGAUAAGAAGUCUUCCUUGCUUAAGGUGAGGAAGUGUAUGUUUUGGAGCUGCAAGGAAAAAUGGACCCUAACCACUGAUUUUUAAAGGACAAAACUCACCCAUGGCUGGAAUGAUGUUAACGGUCUUCAAUUCUUCUGUGGCCUUAAGUAUAUUUUCAGGAAAUUCCUCACCACUGAAAGACAAAAGACAUUAAAUUCUAUACAGUGUGUUUACAGAUA